AUGAUAUGCCCUUGGAAAUUGAUGUAUGCAGAUGAGUGAUGAUAACCCCUAUGUGAUUCCUGAGAUGGAUUCAACACUGCGCAAGCAGAUUCAGGAGUGCAAUUGGCAGAUUGUUAAUGUAACAACCCCUGCCAACUAUUUUCAUGUUUUGCGGCGUCAGAUACACAGGGAAUUUCGGAAACCACUCAUUGUGAUGGCUCCUAAAAAUCUGCUUCGGCACAAGGACUGCAAAUCAAAUUUAUCUGAGUUUGAUGAUGUAAAAGGUCACCCAGGUUUUGACAAGCAAGGAACCCGUUUUAAGCGCCUUAUUAAAGACCAGAAUUUGCACUCUGAUCUUGAGCAGGGCAUCAGACGCUUGGUUCUUUGUUCUGGAAAGGUUUAUUAUGAGAUUGAUGAAGAGCGGAAGAAAGUUGAUGCAAAGGACGUUGCUGUCUGCAGGGUGGAACAGCUCUGCCCUUUCCCAUAUGAUCUCAUCCAGCGAGAACUGAAACGAUAUCCAAAUGCGGAGAUUGUGUGGUGCCAGGAAGAGCCUAUGAACAUGGGUGCAUAUAAUUACAUUGCACCUCGGCUUUGCACUGCUAUGAAGGCACUGGGCAGAGGGUCCAUGCAGGACAUCAAAUACGUUGGGCGUGCCCCAUCUGCUGCUACAGCCACUGGUUUCUAUUCAAUGCACGUGAAAGAGCAGAGCGAGCUUGUACAGAAGGCCGUGCAACAGGAGCCAAUCAAUUAUCCUUACUGAUUGAAAAUUUCAGAACUCUUUUAGCCAAUCUUAAAAAAAUAAUGAUGCAUGGGAGGAUCAUAAUGUGUUGGAUGCUUUGAAAAAUUGGUGGAAUUUAUGAAGAUCCUGGCAGAAACGCAAUCGAUACAUACAUUUUUGUGAAGUUCUCCCCCAAAUUAUUCAGUUUAUGUUAUAGUAUUUUUUACCCCUCUUAAAUUUUGCUCUUUAAUUCAAUUUAAAGCCACAGAAAUCAUGGAUUUUAGGGAUGUGUGGCAGUAAAUAUUUGCAGAAGAUAAACUGCAUUUUGAGUCUUGCUCUACUGAAAACAUUGUAAUAAACCAAAUUAAUUUUACAUUCAAGGUGUUAUGGGGUGGCCCUGCUUGUCAA